UGCUCUUCGAGGUGUAACAUUCUGUAUAAUAAACUGCAUGCAGACGGCACGGUGGCGGGAUGAAGAGGGAGGCUGGCCCGUACCCGUACCCGGUUCCACCUUUACGCUACCACGACACCUCGGCGGGCCAUGCACGGCGUCUCAUAUCGCGCCCGACGGCAUCACGACCAAGGCGCAAUCGGCAAGAGCAAGGAGAAAACAAGGGAGGCUGGAUUGGGAGGGACCUUGACAACGGCCGAGACCCGACAGUGAUUCCCGUCAUUUCCUUUGCUUUUGCUCUCCUCGUCCUCCUCACGCGUCUCCUCAUCAUCUCUUUCCCCUCUCUCCCCUCUCUCCCCUCUCUCCCCUCGCUCUCCCCUCGUGCCAUGCACAUCCUGCACCGCCAGCUUGCCAGCUUGCCAGCUUGCCAGGCCGCCAAGCCGUCCUUACUGUUCAGUUGGGACCUGCCCAGCCUACUAACUAGCCUCUAGAGUAUACACCGGUUCAGCCGCCGUUGCCGAGCGCGACCAUGA